UCGGUUCUUCCACUCCUUUCCACGCUCAUCCUCUCCUUCAGGCGAUGUCGCAUCGCGGCUCAUAUAUAGUGGUCGCCGCCCUGCCGCCGCCGCCCGUCCGACGGCAAGCCAUGGCAUCGUUGCUGCUGCGCAAGGUGUCGGGCUCCGUGCCGUGCCGCACGACCCGGACGCCUCCUCGUCGUCCUACCACAGCGCCAUGCGAGCUCCACCGGUGCUCGCCUAUGUGCGCUACCGCCCUGUUCGCGUCUCCUCCACUACUAGUCCGACGCGAACUGCCACCGCACCCCCGUUUCUUCCUUCCCUUCCUCCAGUCUCAUUCAACACAAGCAUGCUCCAGUGAGUCGUUCUACUCCAAAAGGAUCAACAAUUUACACGUUGAGGAGACUCACAGUCUAAAGAUGCAGCAAGCAAGGUUGCAAAGCGAAGGCAAUGUGUUCGAAGAAAUGUCUGACGGGGAUAUUCAGCCUGAUGUUUGUGAUGUACACGGUUUGGUGGAGCCUGUAUACCUCUGUACUGCAGCGUCAUGUACCACUGUUCUCUGAAUCACUGCAAUCAAGGGUUCAGUCUACAUUCAAUUUAGUUUUCUAUCAGAAUCCAAUUCAGUGAGAUGAACAAUC